AUGAAGAAGGAAAAACACAAAGACACUGUUUACGAACCUAAAGAUGUUUUGAAUCUGUCUCUCAAAGUAACACAUUGUUGCAAAUCGCUGUGGGCGAAAUACAGUUUUCAGAAGGCUUACAUGACUCAACUUGUCAGCUCCCAGCCUCACUCGGCCAUGUCCAGGAACUCAGAUCACAAUCCACUGUCUCAGUCCAAGGAGAACAGCACAGGCCAGAACACUCCCCAAGAGGAAACAAUCCGGAAGUUUGCCAUGCAGCUGAGGUACAUUGGGGACAGCAUCCACCACAGGAUGGUCCAAGAGGAUCUCCAGCAGGAAGGCAGAGAGGCCCUGGCUCAUGUUGUCUUACUUGUCUAUAGAAGGGUUCAGGUGAUGCUCCGCUUUUUCUGGAACAACCAUUUGCUAUAAAAAGGGAAGUCAAGUGUCCAGUUCUGUUUUCCUCCUGCCUUCUGAGACCCACAAAUGGAAGCGAGGAAGACGGCACACCUCCUUCUCUCCCCCUCAUUGUCGUCCAUGUGGCUUUGUUGAAUGGCGGACUCCUGGGCUGUUUGUCUACAGCAGGCAGUUGAGAGAUGUGGAGAAUAAUCCAGAAGCUGGGAGGCCCAGUGCCCACAAAAUCGUCAUCUGUGGUGGGAAGCUGGAGCCUUUCCUUCCUGGAAUGGCACAACAUUCUGGAAUCAGGAGCUUUCUCCUGAGCCUCUCCGUGAUCCGUGAGCCCCAUGCUUGUGAGCCCCAUGCUUGUUACCCGUGUCCAGAUCUGCAGUGCCAGCGCCUCCUUCCCACGCAUGUCCGGCUCUUCCCCUUUCUGGAAAAUCAGAAGGGCCCCCAUCUAAUGUUCCAGUUCAACCAGGCCCACAGACACCCCCUCCACAUGGCCAGCUCAGCCGGGGGUCCUAAACCCUCCCCUGGCUCGUUUUCCUUCAUUGUUUCCUGUUCAUUAUUUUUUUUAUCUUCCUCUUAGUUACUCCCCUACCCUGUGAAAGGAAUUGUAAGUAUUAAGGACGUUUACUGUUACUUGAAGUUUUAUGUGUGCAUCUUGAGUUCUCCAUAGG